AUGCACUCACAACACCGCAGCUGCACCAAGGACAACAAUCGGGGCACCACUACCUGCCCAGGUGCAGACCCAGAUGCAGACAGGUGCCUGCAGAAGUGCUUGUCUUCAGUGAGUGCAGAGCAGUGGGGAGCGGAACACGUCUCAGAGUCACAGGACAUCCAGGACAAGAGGGCCAGCACACAGGACCUGAUCCAAGAUAAGACUGGAGCUACUGGCUACUGGGGCAACACUACAGGCUUGGUGAUUUACUGGUGGGAUAUCUGA